AUGAGGCCUGAGAACCAGAGCAGCGUGUCCCAGUUCCUCCUCCUGGGGCUCCCCAUCCCACCAGGGCAGCAGGGCGUGCUCUUCACCCUGUUCCUGGGCAUGUACCUGACCACGGUGCUGGGCAACCUGCUCAUCAUCCUGCUCAUCAGGCUGGACUCUCGCCUGCACACGCCCAUGUACUUCUUCCUCAGUCACUUGGCCUUCACUGAUGUCUGCUUUUCAUCUGUCACUGUCCCUAAGAUGCUCACGAACAUUCAGACUCGGCAACAAUCCAUCCCCUAUGUGGGGUGUAUUUCUCAGUUGUAUAGCUUCAUACUUUUUGCUGGUGUUAACAAUUUCCUUCUGGCAGGGAUGGCAUAUGACAGGUACGUGGCCAUCUGUCACCCUCUGCGCUAUACCACCAUCAUGAGGAAUGGGCUGUGCAUGUUCCUGGUGGCUGGGUCUUAUAUGGUUGCCUGUGUCCAUGCACUUUUUCAUACCCUCCUCUUGGUCCGCCUGUCCUUCGGUGCCCACAAUAUCAUCACCCACUUCUUCUGUGAUCUCACUGUGCUGCUGAAGAUGAGCUGCUCAGACAUCUCCCUCAAUGAGCUGGUCCUAUUCACCGAGGGAGGAAUGCUUUACUUCCUGCUUUUGUGUGUUAUUUUAGGCUCCUAUAUCCGUAUAGGGACCAUCAUGCUGAGGGUGCCCUCCACUAAGAGACUCUUUAAAGCCUUUUCUACCUGUGGCUCCCAUCUCUCUGUGGUGUCUUUAUACUAUGGGACAGCUGCAGGUGUUUACUUUUUCUCCUCAUCAUGGGGUUCUAAAGACAUAAUUGCUUCUGUCAUGUAUGCAGUAGUUACCCCCAUGCUGAACCCCUUCAUCUACAGCCUGAGGAACAGAGAUAUAAAACAGGCGUUACAGAUGUGUGUCAAUAGGGUUAAGUUCUUUAACUGGUAA